AUGCACAUCUCCAAGAAACUGGCCCAAGCCAGGGAGGACGGAAAGCCCACCUUCUCCUUCGAGUUCUUCCCCCCAAAGACAGCCCAGGGUGUCCAAAAUCUCUACGACCGCAUGGACCGCAUGCAUGGCUUCGGUCCUCAAUUUAUCGACAUCACCUGGGGCGCCGGUGGUCGCCACUCGAAGCUCACCUGCGAGAUGGUCAAGGUUGCCCAGUCCGUCUACGGCCUGGAAACGUGCAUGCACCUCACCUGUACCGACAUGGAGAAAUCGAAGCUCGACGAAGCAUUACGAGACGCCUAUCAAUCUGGCUGCACAAAUAUACUCGCCUUGCGCGGCGACCCGCCCCGUGAGAGGGAGAAGUGGGAAGCUACUGCUGGCGGCUUCCGCUACGCCAAGGACCUGGUCGUCUACAUCAGGGAGCGUUAUGGAAAUCAUUUCGACAUCGGUGUCGCCGGCUACUCGGAAGGCAGCGACGACAACGACAAUGUGGACGAGCUCAUCGAUCACUUGAAGGAAAAGGUGGACGCAGGUGCAACCUUCAUCGUCACCCAAAUGUUUUACGACACAGACAUCUUCCUCGAGUGGGUGCGCAAGGUCCGAGCCAAGGGCGUCGACGUUCCCAUCAUUCCAGGCAUCAUGCCCAUCCAUACCCAUGCCGCCUUUUUACGCAGAGCCCAGUGGACUAGAUGCAACAUCCCACAGCACUGGACCGAGGCGCUCGAGCCUGUGAAGAACGACGAUGUGGAAGUGCGCGAGGUCGGAAAAGGCCUGGUAGCAGACAUGUGCAGGAAACUCAUCGACGCUGGCAUCCUGCAUCUCCAUUUCUACACGAUGAACCUUGCACAAGCCACGCGUAUGGUCUUGGAAGAAUUAGAACUGCUGCCCGAUCAGCGAUCACCUCUCGAGAAGCCCCUGCCAUGGCGACCUUCCCUCGGCCUCAAUCGCCGCGAGGAGAACGUACGACCCAUUUUUUGGCGCAACCGCAACCGAUCCUACGUCGCACGUACACAAGACUGGGACGAAUUUCCCAACGGCCGCUGGGGUGAUUCUCGAUCACCUGCUUUUGGUGAAUUAGACUCGUACGGUAUCGGUCUCAAGGGCACCAACGAGCAAAACAUCAAGCUCUGGGGUACACCCAUCUCUAUUCGAGACUUUUCUGAUCUGUUUGUCCGCUACAUGCAAGGCAAACUGGAUUCAUUGCCAUGGAGUGAGCAGCCCAUCACCAACGAGGCCGGCUCUAUUCAGGACGAUUUGAUCGAUCUCAACCGUCGCGGUUUCCUGACCAUCAACUCCCAGCCUGCUGUGAAUGGUGCAAAGUCGUCUGAUCCGGUCUUUGGAUGGGGUCCCCGCAACGGUUACGUCUACCAGAAGGCUUACCUAGAAGUCCUGGUUUCGCCCGAGUAUAUUGGCGAGAUCAUCAGCCGAAUCGAGCGCGACGAAGAGUUUACCUAUUACGCUGUCAACAAGGACGGUGAUCUCAAGACGAACGCACCCAAUGAAGGUCCUAAUGCGGUGACCUGGGGCGUCUUCCCUGGCAAAGAGAUUGUGCAGCCUACGAUUGUAGAGACUGUCAGUUUUCUCGCGUGGAAAGACGAGUUCUACAGACUUGGCCAACAGUGGGCCAACUGUCAUUCGUCCGUGAGCCCCGCGCGCCACGCUGUCCAGAAGGUAGUGGAUACUUGGUACCUCCUCAACAUUGUACACAACGAUUUCCAUGCUACUCGCGGCAUCUUCCCCAUCUUUGAUGGACUGGCAGUGAAGGAUAUGGACAAGCCAAUCCAGAGCCUUAGCGGUGAGGUAGCGACUUCCAACGGCCAGGAAGCUACCCGGGAAACGAACAGCACGAACGGUGCCGACGCUGCCAAAGGUGCUGAUGGUACAAACGGAGCCAAUGGCACCAGCGGGACGCUCCCAGAGUACUCCACAAUGGAAGACGCCAACUUAAUCGAUGCUGCCAAAUCUGCAGCCGUCGAAGUGACCAACAAAGUGAAGAAGCUGGCCCUGUCCAACUAA